AUGGUCCUGUCGACUCUCCAGGGUGGAUGGAAAAAACUGGGACGCGGCAGCGGCGGCUUUAUGGAUAAUGCGGAAUCGAAUUACCUUAAUUCAAAAAUGAUGGGAGCCAGUAUUUUUGCACUAUGUCUAUGGUUAAGACUGGAAAAUGGUAUACAAGAAUGGCUCUACAAACUACACGCUGAUCACUUUUACGAUGGCGUUUACGUCCUUAUAAUCGCAAGCCUUUUGAUCAUGGCCGUCUCUUUUCUUGGAUGCGUCACCGCAUUGGCUGAAAGCAGUUUUCUCACACUCAUGUACAUAGCAUCGCAAGUGUUGGGCUUUAUAUUCUCUUUGGCCGGAGCAGCCGUCCUUCUGGAUUACAGCGCACGAAACAGCCGUUUCCAGCCCCAAGUUCGCGAAACGAUGCGGGGCCUCAUCAUGAAUGCGCACCAUGAAGAAUCACGACAAACACUGGCCAUGAUUCAAGAAAAUAUUGCAUGUUGCGGUGCAGAUGGCGCUAACGACUUUUUGUCUUUGAAUCAACCCCUACCAAGUGAGUGCAGAGAUACCGUGACUGGUAACCCAUUUUACCAUGGAUGUGUGGACGAAUUAACAUGGUUUUUCGAGGAAAAAUGUGGUGGAAUUGCUGGUCUAGCUAUGGCAGUAUGUCUUUUCCAUGUAACAUUGACGUCGAAGCAACAGGACGCGUCGCGACGCCGCGGCGUCUGCAACACAACCUUUUCAAUUUUCCAACAAUUCUUCAUCAACUUGGAAGAUAUUAGCUGCCGAAGAAGUGUUGUCGAAAAAUCGCUGCGCGGUAUUGCCUUUGUUGUAUCAAGUCCUUCUUUCGGAAUGUCGAUGCGAAAUCCCAGCUCCUUACAAAAUUUUUCUUGA